GAUCUUCAUCAACCAGUUAUAUGUUCAGCGGUCGCUCUCUCGGCUCUGCUCAUUGACCAUCGCGGCCCUGAACGUCCUUGCCACACAGCCACAAUCUACUUCCACUCGCACCCCUGUCCAGGCCCCUCGCUAAGACAUGGUACCCGAGACGCCCUACAUGACCCUGCUGCAGUCGCCUUCCACGGCCGUGGCAGAGCUCUCGCCUCAGCACGCGGAUACGGAAGAAUUAGCACGAGCGCUCUCAGAAAAAUACGGCACCCUUCUUCCAGACUCAGCAGCACGAGCACGAGUUCCAACUUUGGACGAUGCGCUGUCUUCUCCGCAGGCCAGGUCUGAGCAUCGCGGAAAGUUACUAAGGUGGAGGUGCAUGGUCCAGGACACGUCUUGCGGCAACGAGGUGGUGAUGCGCGAAGUCAAGGGAGCAGACGGACAGAAGCGCUGCACAUUGUGGGGCAACGAUGAGCACGAAACCUCGGAUGAGGAUCCCGAUCCGACCACGCUCACGGAACGGACCGUCUUGUAUGCUAUCACUCCGCCCGCCUGGUCAGCAUGGGCUAGGGAUGCUUGGCAAUCUGGCAGCGAGCCAAGUGACGAUGUACUCUCAACCAUGUCUGGUCUUAGCUUGGAUCCAGACCCUCGACAAUACGGCGCACUCUCCCGGAAUCCUUCUGACAAGCCAGCCUACCUCAGCAAACACUCCCUGGCUGAGGCCCCUGGCCUGGGCGCGUUGCUCAAGAUCUACGAUCAUGAGCUUGCAGAAACAUUGAAGGUGACCGACGUCAUCGACGUUCUUGGCGUGCUGGACUUCAGCCUUCUGCCUGGCGCGGAUUGGUCGCAAGGGGGGGCAGCUAGCUCAAGUUCGUCCGCGCAGCUCCCAGCGCUUCACGUCCUUCAUAUUACGCCUAUCGCGCACAAUGACGAGGUUCCGCGCCCUUUGACCGGAGCUUCAUCGCGAGACGACCUCGUCCACUACCUUGCAUCAGCGCUGGGGGGCGACCUUCUAGCAGCAGAAUGGACGCUCUUGGGCCUUCUGGCACGGAUUCACUCCCGAAGGGGCUCCCUCACCCUCGGUGCUCUGUCACUCAAUUUGUCUGGCGCUCCUGCGCCCAAGUUGUUCGACGUUUUGACGUCCUUGGUGCCUGCUGUCAUGUUGCAAAAGAUGAGCUUGGACCACCUCAACGAUCCUGCAACGCGGAUGGCACCUGCUAGUGACGGCAGCGAAGCAGGCUUGCUCGCCGGCCGGCUGCAGUUGCCAGACGGAACUAUCGUUCUGUGCGACGAAUCCAGCAUGGGGGAAGGCACUUUGAAAGAUCGAGGCGUUGCGAAUGUGCGCGAGCUUGCAAAUUUGUUGAGCACUCGCAAGCUCUCGUAUGCAUUCCCCUUCAGCUCAUUCGACUUUGAGACAGAUUUGCCCUUCAUUGUGCUCUCCGCGGGCAAGUCGAUGCUUCCCGUCGAUGUGCAAGUGCCAUUGAGGUCCAAAAACAUCGUUGCAGCUCAAGCUGUCCAGCCCACCAGCUCGCAGUUGGCGUCUUGGAGGACGUUCUUGGCUAGAGCAAGACAUGUCGAUCUGUCCAUCCCGGAAAGCGUGGCAGAGCAGAUUCAAGCUGAGUUUGUCCAAGCAAGAAAGGAGGGUCAGGAAGGCGUGCGCGAAGGUCAAGAAGAUCUCUUGAGAAGAAUGGCCGUUGCUAGAUUGGUGGCGAUCUCUAGAGGUCAACGAGAAUUGAGCUUCGAUGCGUGGAAGCAAGCAGUGGCCUUGGAUGAGGAACGUCGUUCUCGCGUCAAACAGUCUUCGCCUGCUACUGCUGCAAGCGCUGCAAAUGCAUCCUCCACUGCAAGUGUGCUGGGCGGCCCAGCGCUUGGAUGAGGAGCCGCCGAUCACCUAUCAUACCCAGCGUCAAGGCUGCACGUAUGCAUUGUAUCAAGUAACGAGAAAUUUCGCUUCAAUCUAUUUUCCAUUGCU